AUGACUUACUACAAUACCACAUAUUGCACGCAGUUGAGUUGUGUAACAUAUUAUUUGGAAUCUAUAAAAGGAACGGAUAACAUAUUCUCAUAUGCAAAAAUUGAUAACAAUUUUCAAGGGCAUAUUCCUAUGUCUAUCUUUCAACUGAAAAGGCUCAAUUUACUUCAACUUUCCACAAACAAGUUCAAUGGCACCAUAAAAUUGAGUAUGAUUCGUCAAAGGCUACAAAAUUUGGCAACACUUGAUCUCUCACACAACAACUUGUCAGUUGUGGAUGACAAUGACAUUCCAUUUCCCAAGUUGAAUAAUUUCUGGUUGGCUUCAUGCAAGUUGGGUACAUUUCCUUCAUUUUUGAGAAAUCAAAGCACUUUGCUUUAUUUAGACUUAUCCAGCAACCAAAUUGAAGGAACCAUACCCAACUGGAUUUGGAGAUUUGAGUUUUUGGCCGCCUUGAAUCUUUCUCAGAAUUCUCUAACGGAUAUGGAAGGGCCUUUCCAAAAUCUGAGUUCAGCCAUGUUCCUGCUAGAUCUUCAUGACAAUCAAUUGCAAGGGCCAGCACACAUUUUCACCAAGAACAUGGUUUACUUGGACUACUCCAAUAAUAGAUUCAGUUCUAUACCAGCAAAAAUUGGUGACUCUAUUCCUUUCUCCAUUUAUAUAUUUUUAUCAGGCAACAAUUUUCAUGAAAAAAUCGAUGAGUCCAUUUGCAAUAUUUCAACUCUUAGAGUGCUUGAUCUUUCACAUAAUGGCUUCAUUGGCAACAUUCCUGAGUGCUUGACAACAAGGAAGAGUAGCUCCCUGAAACUUCUAACAUUGAUGUCUGACAAAGAUGAUGAUAUGUCAAGGUUUGACCAUUUAUCUUUUGAUAUUUAUGAUAACAAUACAAGUUCUGUGACUCUUGAGACUAUAACUACAAUUUACUCAAAGAAGAGUAAACUGAAGUUAGCUAAAGUUGUUUCUAUUGAGCCACUUUAUGUGGUGGAUCACUUGCUCUCUCAUGUCUACGGAGAGGUUUCAAGUCUUCGUAGGUAUGCGGAUUCAGUUACCAUUGUAAUCAAAGGUCAACAAAUGAAGUUGGAAAAGAUUCUCAUUGCAUUCACUUCAUUGGAUUUCUCAUCCAACCAAUUUGAAGGGCCAAUACCAGAAGAGAUCAUGAGUUUCAAAGCAUUGCAUGCUCUUAACUUGUCACACAAUGCAUUCUCAGGCCAUAUUCCUUCAACUUUGGGAAACUUGAGAAAUCUUGAAUCCUUAGACUUGUCAAUGAAUUCUCUGAGGGGAGAGAUUCCAACUGAACUUGCAAGCUUAUCUUUUCUUGCCAUCAUGAAUCUCUCCUAUAAUCAUCUUGUGGGGAGAAUUCCAACAGGCACUCAAAUUCAAUCGUUUGGAGCAAAUUCAUUUGUGGGAAAUGAAGCGUUAUGUGGACCUCCAUUGACACAAGGUUGUGGUGGAGAAGAGCAAGGGUUGUUACCAACAUCAUCUAAAACUACUAACUCUCAUAGUAGUAGUUCAGUUAAUUGGAGUUUGUUAAGUGUAGAGUUGGGAUUUACUUUUGGAUUUGGAAUAUUCAUGAUGCCACUGAUUUUGUGGAAGAAAUGGAGGUUGUGGUACUCCAAGAAAGUAGACGAAGCUCUAUACAAGAUUGUGCCUCAACUUGAUUUUGUAUAUGAACGUCGUGGUGGGAAGAGAUAUAGAUCUUUAAGAUGGAAGCCUUAUUGAUUGUUGUUGCACUUUAAUUUGUAUGAUGUAUGUAUGUUAUUGUUGUUUUCUUUUCUUUUCUUUUCUUUUUAUCUUCCUUUAAUUUGUGUGUGAUCAGUAUAAAAAUAAGAACUGUGUUAGUUAGGUUGAAGCUAGCCGUUGGUAGGUCGUAUGAGUUAUGACCAUGAUAGUUUUAUUUGAAGCUUUUCUUUUAGAGUUGGCCUCAGAGGUGAAGAGAGAUUGAUUACACGAAUGUUUAAUUUGCGUGUGUUAUAUAUUA